AUGUCCGACAUCGAGAAGUCGUUCACGUACCUCCAGGACAGCAUACCGCAAUGGCUUCAGGAUAUCGCCAGCGUUGAAGAGAAGGUCACGGCCAUGCAGAAUGACAACACAAAAGUGCCCAUGUCACAGUCGCCAUUCGGAAAGCGGAGGACAGACUCGACCGCGUCCAUACGACCAGCACUAGAUGCCAUCGCCGAGGACGCAGCGCCUUCGAAUGCAACCCCGACAGACCCUGUGGGCAGCCGCAAGCGCAAGUCCCUCUCCGUCUCAUCCGGUCGCGUUUCAGGCCCCUCGCGCCAUCGCCCUCGCACAAUGGUCGUUGUGAGCUACGAUGGAGAUAUGCAGAAGUCUUUCGAGCUGCUAGUGCGCGCGAUAGGAACAGGGCGCAACUUGCUGAGGAAGGCCAAGAUGGAGGCUCGGAUGAACGAGAUGGCUACUCAGGCAGAGUCGAGUGAAGAGGACGACGAUGUCGACGACGAUGAUGAUGAAGAGGUCGAUCUAUCCAAGAUCAAUUACCGAGCACGUAUGUCAUCACUACGCGCGAUGUCAGCAGCUAGGAGAAGCGGGCGGCUUGGUGUGAGCAGCGGAGUAAAGACACCUGCGGUGUUAUUCGACACCUCUGAUAAGACACUGGAACAAGCUCAAGAGUCGUGUGAAAGGGCAGCGCAUCUCACACUACGCGACGGCGACUGCAGGAAAGAGUUGGAAGGAGUACGGAAGAACUUCGAGGCUAUGCUAGAGAUCGCAAGGGCCGAGGUUGAGAAGUGUAACGCACGCAAGUCACAACAUCCGCCUGAGCUGCAGGCACACGAGACCUCCGACACAUCCAUGUCAUCCCUAGAACCCGAAACACUACAUCGAAAAGACACACCACAAGCCGCACUGCCGUUACCUGAGUUAGGUGUCCAACCGAAGACGACGCUACCACAGGAAUCUUCCAGUGCGCCUCAGCCCCCCAAAAUCGUCGAUAUCGAGGUUGAUGAAGAGGAUGACGAUGACGAUUUCGUAUUGCCGCCUGUCCGACUAACAUCGCGACUCAACCGGCGAGACUAA